AUGCCCUCUUCAGCUGGAAUAGCAAAGCAGAUGCCUCAGUUUGAGAGCAGAGGAGUCUGUGGUCAGCCAAUAUUGUCUUCUCGAAUUGUGGGUGGCCAAGCGUCCAAGAGAGGAGCCUGGCCAUGGCAGGUCAGCAUCCGUUGGAAUGGGAGGCAUUUCUGCGGCGGGUCCCUUGUGGCAAAACAGUGGGUGGUGUCAGCAGCCCACUGCUUUAGAAGGAAUCCUGUCUUGGACAUCACAGUGAGCUUGGGGAGCAACCAGCUUGAUAAUAUGAGCUCCAAUGCUCGGAUCAUCCCUGUCACCCAAGUAAUCUGCAACAUCGAAUUUUCAGGAACUGGAACAAGAGGGGACAUUGCCCUGUUGAGGCUCCAGCAGCCCCUGGAAUAUACCCCCUACAUCCUCCCUGUGUGUGUGCCCUAUUCUUCUGCGAAAUUCCCUGAAGGCAUGCCAUGCUGGGUAACUGGAUGGGGAAACAUCAGACAUGGGGAGCCACUUCCUUCUCCAGGGAUGCUGCAAGAAGUUGAAGUCCCCCUCAUAAGUCUUGAAAGAUGCAAAGAGAUGUUCAAUGUAUCAUUCCCUCAUUCCAAGGGCACCAAGUCCAUCUUGGAUACCAUGCUUUGUGCUGGAUAUGAAGCCGGGGGAAAGGAUGCUUGCCAGGGUGAUUCUGGGGGGCCGUUGGUCUGUGUCCAAAAUGACGCCUGGUUUCUGGUGGGCAUCGUGAGCUGGGGAUGGAAGUGUGCAAUGCCGAACCACCCUGGGGUCUAUACCAGAGUGACAAGCUAUGCGGGCUGGCUGCAGCGUUAUGUUCCGGACCUGCAGUUUGGAGUUGUGCCGAUUGCUCUGCAAGGGAGUGGGAAUCAUUCCAACUGUCUCACUCUCCCUCCUCUUCUCAUCUGCUCUAUUUUCCUCCUCUUCACUAUUUUGCAACUGGAAUUCAGGAUAUGA